AUGUCUGUCGCCGACGACAAGGCGAAGACUCCGGCACAGCCUUUCACGGAAUGGAGCGGCCCUCGAGACCCGGCCAACCCGUUGAACUGGUCCAGCAGAAGGAAGAUAUUCCAGACGCUUAUGGUUUCUUUGAUCGCCUUGGUAUCUACAUUGGCUUCAUCUAUCAUCACACCAGGCUUUGGUGAUAUCCAAAAUGACUUCAAUGUCUCUACCGAAGUCGCUUUGCUUCCAUUCGUCUUCUACACAUUGGGCCUCUCUAUAGGUCCGCUGCUGUCGGGUCCGUUGAGUGAGAGUUAUGGAAGACGGAAUGUUUAUGCCUCUGCUACGCCUAUACUUGCUGCGUUCCUGCUCGGAGCUGGGUUCUCACAAAGCAUCGCCGCUUUAAUCGUCUGUCGAUUCCUUGCUGGCGUUGCAGGUGCUCCCGGGCUGACCAUUGGCGGAGCGACGCUGAGCGACGUCUGGCGGAAGGAGGAAAGGGCAUUGCCAUGGACGGUGUAUGUGACGACUCCAUUUCUUGGACCGGCCUUAGGACCGUUGAUAGGUGGAUAUGUCGCGACUACCAUCGGAUGGCGCUGGACGCAAUGGAUUGUGGUCAUCGUUGCAGCAGUGAUCUCGAUCGCUAUUUUCUUCAUGCGGGAAACUCAUAAGCCCACGAUCCUGAGAAGACAAAUGAAGCAAUCGAGGCGCCACGAGUCCUCUCCAGAUCAAUGCGCAUCAUCACCAUCAUCACAGCGGCAGGAGCGCUCUGUCAUGUUCCGAGAAUUCAUCACCAGGAUCCUGCUCCGGCCCAUCCACAUGGCAUGCGUGGAGCCUGUCGUCGGCUUCUUCACUUUAUACAUUGCGAUCAAUUUCGGCAUGGUCUAUGCCUUUUUCGCUGCAUUCCCCUUCGUAUUCGCCAACGCAUAUGACUUCGGCCCGCGAGCCACCGGCUUGAUGUUCCUCGGUCUCGUUGGCGGCUGCCUAGUCGGAGGCCUUAUCAUGGCCAUUUACAGCCGCAUCCUCCUACCCCGGGAGAUCGCACGGUCCCGCAAAUCCUCUAUCAACACCGACGGCGAUGCCCACUCCGACACCAACAGCUACCAUGCUAAGCUGACCGCACCCGAAGCCCGUCUCUACCUCGCCAUGUUAGGCGCACCACUCCUACCAAUCGCGCUGUUCUGGUUCGGCUGGACGGUAGAAUACCGCGUCCACUGGAUCAGCGCGGUAUUAGCCGAGGCGAUUUUCGCCUGUGGCAAUCUCCUGAUUUUCAUGUCCGCGACGUUAUACAUCAUAGAUUUCUAUGGGCCAAAGUACGGGGCCAGCGCGAAUGCUGUGAAUGGUUUCGUGCGAUAUUUGCUGGCGAGUGCGUUUCCGCUUUUUAUCGUGCAGAUGUAUGGGGGCCUGGGAGUGUGUUGGGCGUCGAGUUUGCUGGGUUUCGUGAGUGUUGUUACGAUGUUCAUUCCCUGGGUCUUGUAUUAUUUGGGACCAAGAUUGAGGGAGAGGAGUGUUUAUAUGUAG